UCCUUUUUUUCCAGGCAUGUUCGAUAGGAUUCAUAUCUGGACUCUGGAGUGAUGUAUUUAGGGAAUGAGAAGUAUUAAAAAUGAUCCAAUGGCGUACAAUAUAUAUAAAAGAAAAAAGAAUUAAUAUUGAAGCAUGUGUAUAUAAUACCCUGCAUAUACAGGGUGACUCAACCUGUAGUAACCUGAAAUAAGUUAUUCUCGUAAUUGACCAAAAAGGUCCGUUGCGCCAGCACCUAGGAUCCUUGCUACAUCACUGCAGGACCCAUGACACACUUCAAUUGACCAAAAUAUAACGGUGCCCGCUCCAAUGACCUACUUUGUGGCUCACACGCACUCUCUCUUUCCUAUUCCUUCCGCCAUUCCUUGAGUGCCGACUGUUGUUCCUCUUUCUCUCUCUGUUACCCCCACUAUCACUCGAUAGCUUUUCGGUCAAGCGAUCGUCGAACGCAUGCGCGCACGCAGGGAACGCAUUCCCGCUGGCCGCUGUAUUAUCGGGCGAACUCCAGGCAGCGCAAGUGAAAUCGACUGAUUAUACGAUUAGUAAUGAAAGCGUCCUUCUCACGCGUAGAGGUAUCGUCAUGUAGUCGCGAAUUGUCACCUAUCUUCUGUCGUUUUUACGCCGAUAAGCAGUCUGUCAGUGAAAACGAUAUCGCCUUUGGACUAGUUACGUGAUCUUUGAUCCAUACUUGGACCGGGACGCACAGAGUCGGUCCAAAGCUCCGAAUUUCAGUCAAACACGAGUUAUAAAUGUGAUUGUGCAUCUAGUCCUCCAGGAAGAUUCUGAGAAUAAUAUGGCACUGUUAUGUCUACGUACUUUCAAAAUGAUGAUUGUUCGAAUUAGUAGAACAAUUAGUGGAAAAAUUGACGGUAAUUACGCACAAAGCAGUCUUAGCGUAUGUGCAUUGAAAGAAAUUGUGCACGGCCUCAAGAGUAGCGCUACAUGAUGACUACUUGGAAUAAGAAACCGCCAUAAAUGGAACUACUGGUACCAGCAGUCUCAGAUGUCGUGUUCAAGUACACAUGGCCCAUUCCGAAUUACAAGAAGACUGUUCUAAAGAAACGUCUCAUCGAUAGUCCUUCGUUCGACGUGAACGUGAACGGUAUUCAUAGCACGUGGAAUUUGUCCAUCAGAUUUUGGAAAGAUCCUGAUGGCAAAAGAAUGAUAAACCCAGUGGUACUGUGCCUGAACAUGUUGAACUGCACCAUAGAUGAAGCGGAACAAGCGAAGAUACGAUUUCAAUUUGCAGUUUUCAAUGCUGAAGAUAAAUACUGGGAGUACUAUCACGUUAGCAGGACAAUACUUGAGCUGAAAUCGUACACGGACAUCAUUUCUUUAGGCUACAGAGACUUAUCCAUUAUUGACAGGCAUUUGAAGAAAAAUGGCGAGGUGAUGUUAAUGGUUAAGAUACAGAUAAUCCAAUAUGAAAGUGAGAAGCAUAAUUUGUCACAGGAUAUGAUUAGAUUAUUGAAGCAUUCAUAUGGCGCAGACACUAAAUUAACCUGUGGAGGUUUGAGCAACGCUGAAUUUCCAGUACACAGCAGUGUGUUAGCUGCUCGUAGCAAUAUUUUAGCUGGAAUGAUCGUACCUUUGAAAGAAUUCAAUGAAAGGGAAAUCUUGAAAGUGAAUACCGCUGAAAAUACGAUAUCAAAUACGCGGAAUCUAGCAGAAGAACACAUAAUCGAUAAAGAAAAUGGUUGUUUUAAUAAACGUUACAUGUUUUCUCUGGAAUUAUUGGAUCUAAGUAAAGAAGUGACAGAAGAAUUGUUACGAUACAUAUACAGUGAUCAUGUUGAUAAUUUAGACAAUUUUGCUCCACAACUUUUAUCUUUAGCUGAACGCUUUUCUUUGCAAGGAUUAAAGGAGCUUUGCGAAAGAAAUCUCAUCGAAACGAUAACUCCAGAAAACAUAGCAAGUAGACUUUUAGUUGCUGACGAAUUUGGCUGUGAUACACUAAAAAGGGCAAGUAUAGCAUACUGUGAAGAAAACAUAAUGAUACUAAAUAAAAGUUUGGCAUGGAAAAUGAUGGAACAAGUAAACCCAGAAUUAUUCAAUGAAGUUUGUGAAGCUGGUAUUAACAGUUCAAGAUCAAGUAACAUGGACGAUAGUGAAUUAAGCAACUGACAUUUUCUUUCCUUAUGCUUAUACAAUUUAAGCAUUAAUCAUAAAUUUUUAUAAAUCUUGGUUAGUAACUUCAUAUUUUUCAAAAAAUGAAAUCAACGUAAUAUAUGACAUAGAAAGUUUCAUUACUUAUAAAAUCUCAUUGAAAAUGUAUGAGUCCAACAAAUUUUAUAAAAAAAAUGUUUUCUAGACUUUAAUAUAUCUCGUCAUCGUUAUACUUAAUUAAAUUAAUUUUACUGGAA